GUAAUGGCGGCGCCCACACUGGCCACGCUUCCCUUGUGAAAACCAUCGCGACUAGCCGUUUUUACGUUAUUAUAGAGAUUAUUAACCCUUUACCAUGUCGGGACGACAAAACAACAAGUUACCGAACAAUUUGCCGCAGUUGCAGAAUCUAAUCAAGAGAGACCCUCAAUCCUACGUAAACGAGUUUUUGCAGCAGUACAGACACUACCAGUCCAAUGUGCAGAUUUUUAAACUGCAGCCCGACAAACCCAACAAGGAGCUGGCGGAACUUGUCAUGUUCCUUGCUCAGGUGGCCCACUGUUAUCUGGAGCACUUGUCUACUUUCCCUCAAGAGUUGACUGACUUGUUACUGUGUCACCAUACAGUCGUGGAGACAGAUUUAAGAAUGACCUUCUGCAAGGCUUUGAUUCUGUUGCGAAACAAGGACCUGAUCGACCCCACUAGCCUGUUGGAGCUGUUCUUUGAGCUGCUGCGAUGCCAUGACAAGCUGCUCCGGAAGACUUUAUACACACACAUUGUGGCUGACAUCAAAAACAUCAACGCCAAACACAAAAACAACAAGGUGAACUCGUCCUUGCAGAACUUCAUGUACACCAUGCUGAGAGAUCGCAACCCCAUCGCAGCCAAGAUCUCCUUAGAUGUGAUGGUGGAGCUGUACAAGAGGAACAUUUGGAACGACGCCAAAACAGUCAAUGUCAUCACCACGGCGUGUUUCUCCAAUGUGACGAAGAUUCUGGUGGCUGGACUCAAGUUUUUCUUGGGGACAGAUGAAGAAGAGAAAGAGGGCAGUGACUCUGAAUCAGAAGCAAAGGGAACAACAGUGCGUGACCUCAGGGUACGAUUCAACACAGGGAAGAAAACUUCCAAAAACAAGAAAAAAAUGGAAAAAGCAAUGAAAGUCCUCAAGAAACACAAGAAGAAGAAGAAAGCCGAGGUGUUCAACUUUUCUGCUAUUCACCUGAUUCACGAUCCUCAAGACUUCUCAGAGAAGCUCCUGAAGCAGCUGGAAAACUCCAAAGAGCGCUUUGAGGUCAAAAUGAUGAUGAUGGAGCUCAUUUCCAGACUGGUGGGGAUCCACGAGCUCUUCCUCUUCAAUUAUUAUCCGUUCAUCCAGAGGUUCCUUCAGCCACAUCAAAGAGAGGUGACAAAGAUCCUGCUGUGUGCCGCCCAGUCUUCCCACCAGCUCGUCCCACCCGAGAUCAUCGAGUCGGUGAUCCGCACCAUCGCCAACAACUUUGUGACGGACCGAAACUCUGGCGAGGUCAUGACUGUGGGGAUCAAUGCCAUCAAAGAGGUGGUGGCCCGCUGUCCGCUUAGCAUCAAUGAGGACCUUCUGCAGGACCUGGCCCAGUACAAGACCCACAAAGACAAGAAUGUGAUGAUGUCUUCCAAAGCGCUUAUCCAACUCUUUAGGAAUCUCAACCCGCAAAUGCUGCACAAGAAGGACAGAGGAAGGCCCACAGAGGCGUCAUUGGAGGCCAAGCUGAAGGAUUAUGGCGAGCUGGGAACCAAAGACUACAUCCCUGGAGCGGAGGUGCUGGAGGUAGAGGCAGAAGUCAAAGAAGGCGAAGACGACGGCUGGGAGAGCGCCAGUGUGAGCGACGAGGAUGAGGACGGGGAGUGGGUGGACGUCCACCACUCGUCUGACGAAGACACAACGGAAGUGGCAGAAAAGCUGAAGAGUUUACCGGCUGAAGGGCGGGAAGCCAAAGCGGCGGCGGUAAGCGGCAGCCGGCUCCUCACGCAGGAGGACUUCAAGAAGAUCAGACUGGCCCAGAUUGCCAAGGAGGUCAACGCCGUGCCAGGGAAGAAAAGGAAAGCGGCAGGCAGUGACGACGAAGGUGAAAGGAGAGGGGAACUGAUUGCCCUGAGGGACAUUGAGAAGCUCCAUAAGAAACCGAAAGCUGACAAGGAGACACGCCUGGCAACAGCACUGGCAGGCCGAACGGACCGUAAGGAGUUUGUGAGAAAAAAGACCAAAUUAAAUCCACACGCCAGCACCAGCAACAAGGAGAAGAGACGCACAAAGAACUUCAUGAUGAUGAGACACAGCCAGAACGUCCGAAAAAAAGGGAAACGUUCCUUUAGGGAGAGACAGAUUGCGCUCCGGGAUGCACUCCUAAAAAAGAAGAAGCAGCACAAGUAGUGAAUGGAAAGAUUGUCACCUCAGAAAUGUGACAGCAUCAAAUCAUGUGUCGUACGCCCUAUAAAUGUCCCGUUAUUAUUGUAUCAAUUCCAAUGCCUUAACUGCAUAACAGUGUUGUGAAAUAAAUCACAUUUGGUAAUGAAA